AUUAAUCACCAACAAAAUGAGUUGAUCUUUCAUUGCACAUGAAUAAUUGAAGAUGUUGAUGAUAACAUUUACACGUGCAUUAUAAAUAUCUUCAACUUCAUCUUUCACUUCACACAUCUUACAUUGAUUCUUUACUUAAUAAUAAUAAAUACAGUUUUUUUUUUCCCGGCAAAAGCAAAGCAAUUGCUUUAAGAAAACAUGCUUUUUGCCCUGAUUUAAGUUGAAAAAAAAACACAUAUAUACUUGUUAAGAAAAAAUAAUAAUAAUAAUAAUAAUAAUAAUAAUGAAGUUCUUGAUUGUUUGGUUGCUGGUGGCGGUGACGGUAACGGUAACGGUGGUGACGGCGGUGAAUGUGACGUAUGAUCACCGGGCGUUAGUUAUUGACGGCAAACGGCGGGUGUUAGUUUCUGGUUCUAUUCAUUAUCCUCGGAGUACACCAGAUAUGUGGGCAGGGCUUAUACAGAAAUCUAAAGAUGGAGGAUUGGAUGUGAUUGAAACUUAUGUUUUUUGGAAUUUGCAUGAGCCUGUUAGAGGCCAGUAUGACUUUGAAGGAAGAAAAGAUUUGGUUCAUUUUGUAAAACUAGUGGCCGAUGCGGGUCUUUAUGUUCAUCUUCGAAUCGGUCCUUACGUUUGUGCCGAGUGGAAUUACGGUGGAUUUCCGCUCUGGUUACAUUUCAUACCAGGAAUCGAGCUUCGAACCGAUAACGAACCGUUUAAGGCCGAAAUGAAACGGUUUACAGCCAAGAUAGUUAGCAUGAUGAAGGACGAGAAGCUUUAUGCGUCUCAAGGUGGACCUAUAAUCUUAUCUCAGAUCGAGAACGAAUAUGGUAAUAUUGAUAGCAGUUACGGUCCUGCCGCAAAAUCUUACAUCAAAUGGGCGGCAAGUAUGGCUACGUCUUUAGAUACAGGAGUACCAUGGGUGAUGUGUCAGCAACGAGACGCUCCCGACCCACUUAUAGACACUUGCAACGGGUUCUACUGUGAUGGGUACAAACCGAACGCUGAAAACAAGCCCACAAUGUGGACUGAAAACUGGACCGGGUGGUUUCUUUCGUUUGGUGGUGCCGUGCCUUAUAGACCCGUAGAAGAUAUUGCGUUCGCCGUCGCGCGUUUCUACCAAAGAGGUGGAACAUUUCAAAAUUAUUAUAUGUACCAUGGUGGGACUAACUUUGGCCGUACCACUGGAGGUCCGUUUAUUGCGACAAGUUAUGAUUACGACGCUCCACUUGAUGAGUAUGGAGCGCCUCGACAACCAAAGUGGGGUCACUUAAAAGAUUUACAUAACGCCAUCAAGCUUUGUGAAGACGCGUUGGUAGCAACCGACCCGACAACUAUUUCUCUUGGUCAAAACUUAGAGGCUAGUGUUUAUAAGACAUCGUCGACAUGUGCUGCUUUUCUCGCGAAUGUCGAUACAAAAAACGACAAAAACGUUAACUUCAAUGGCAAUUCUUAUCACUUGCCCGCUUGGUCCGUUAGCAUCUUGUCCGACUGCAAGAAUGUAGUGUUUAACACUGCCAAGAUAAACUCGAUGGCUACGAUCAAAAGGUUUGUAGCUGCAAGUGUUGAUGAUUUAAGCGACUCGAAGGCGAUUUCUUCGGAAUGGAGUUAUGUUAGUGAACCGGUGGGGAUCUCGAGUAAUGAUGCAUUCAAUAGACCGGGAUUAGUCGAGCAAAUUAAUACUACGGCUGAUCAAAGUGAUUAUUUGUGGUAUUCAAUAAGCACUAACAUUAAGGGAAACGAGCCGUUCCUUCACGACGGAUUUCAAACAACUCUUCAUGUGAAAUCACUCGGUCAUGUUCUUCAUUUGUUCGUUAACGGUCAACUUGAAGGUAGUGCAAUCGGCAAUGCCGGAAACCCAGCUUUUACAAAGGAUGUCUCUGUGGUUCUCAAACCGGGAAAGAACACAGUCGAUCUCUUGAGUUUGACCGUUGGACUUCAGAAUUAUGGGGCCUUUUUCGAUAAAAAGGGUGCGGGUAUCACCGGUCCAGUGGAGCUAGACGGCUUAAAAAACGGGUCAAACUUUGACCUUUCAUCUCAACAAUGGACAUAUCAAAUUGGACUGAAAGGAGAAUCACAAGGCUUGAACACCGGUGGUUCAUCGCUAUGGGUCUCGGGAUCACCUAAAAGUCAACCUUUGACUUGGUACAAGACCGGUUUUGAUGCCCCUACGGGUGAUAGUCCAAUUGCGAUAGACUUCACGGGAAUGGGGAAAGGUGAGGCGUGGGUCAAUGGUCAAAGCAUCGGGCGUUAUUGGCCCACUUACAUUGCUCCAACCGGCGGUUGCUCGGCUUGUAGUUACAAAGGGCCAUAUAGUUCAAACAAAUGCCUCAAGAAUUGUGGGAAACCAUCACAAAAGCUGUACCAUGUACCUCGAUCAUGGUUGAAACCAAGCGGGAAUGUGUUGGUCUUGUUCGAGGAAAUAGGUGGAGACCCGACACAAAUAUCCUUCACGACACAAGAAUUGGAAAGUUUGUGUGCGCAAGUCUCUGAAUCUCACCCGCUCCCGAUGGAAGCAUGGAGUCGAGAUAAUCCAACAAGAAAGUCAAAGUCAACACCAAAGCCGAGAGUUUUGCUCGAGUGCCCUCAUCCUAAUCAAGUCAUAUCGUCAAUCAAGUUUGCUAGCUUUGGAACGCCUCAAGGGAAAUGCGGAAGUUUCAGUCAUGGUUACUGCAGGAGUCCUAAUGCACUUUCAAUACUACAAAAGGUCUGCAUUGGAUCAAGGAGAUGCAACAUUGAAGUUUCGUCAGCCGCAUUUGGUGAUCCUUGUAUAGGUGUAGUGAAAAGUUUAGCGGUAGAAGCUUCGUGUGCAUGAAAAGCGCGUUAACUUGCGCCGUCUUAAGUUACGUCAUAGAAUAAGGUGGUGACUGGUGGAUUGUGGUAGUGUUUGUAGUGGUGUGAGGUGGGUCGGAGAUGCAGCCGAAAGUGUUGGUCGCAUUCGACAGCUCCUAGUCAGCAAAAACUUUGUAAAGGGAUAUCCGGUCAUCGAAUACGUGGCACGCCACAUAAUAAACUAUUAUUUUUUUAUAAUAAUAAAUUACAAAUUUCUGAUCAAA